UCACAUCAACAGAUCCCAACCUACGCGGUGGAGAUAUUGAACACCGGCGAUUGUAGCAUCUCCGACAUCCACGUCACCUACGGCUGGUUCUCAUCCGCCAAAUUGGUCGUGCCCAACAAGUUCCGACGCCUUGCCUACAACGACUGCCUCGUCAACGAUGGCCGGCCUCUCGCCGCCGGCCGGUUGGUCAGCUUUGACUACGCCAACACUUACUCUUACCCAAUGUCGGUCUCUUCCGUUUCUUGCUCUUGCUUGUUGUAG